AUGCAGCCCGCCAGCACACGACUUUCGGAUAACCAUAGAAUCAAGUACGUUAAAUGAUAUUUAAGUUUUAACUUUUUAAAGGUAUUAUAGCAGGAUAGCCGUGGUCCGAGCACUCGGGUCCAAUCAAUAAUCAGUAAUCUCUAUUCUAUGGGUUAGGUAUUGUAUAGUAUUGACGUCAUUAAUAUAAAAUUACAAUAUUAAUGAUGGCCGGCAACACCGAUUGGAAUUCGAUCGUGAUGACGGCCGAAAAGCUGCAGGCCAACGCCAUCACCGACACUGGUAUGCCGAGCGUCACCCGGAACAUCCGACAACUGUUGGACGCUGCUGAAAAUCUGUGGACAAAAGUCGGCGUGCCGGGCGUAGAGGCUAAGGGUAAUGUAUUUCUGUGCAGCCGUGGCGUGGACGCCCCGCAGGUGCCCAAGCAGUUGGAAAAGCUCAGCUCCGUGGGUUCAAUGGAUACCCUGGACCCGAAGCCAGACAUGGACGUGGAUAGUUUCGUGAAGAACGAGGUGCAAAACGCCAUACUCAGCCUGAUUGAGUCGGUGAAAAAGAGCAACGAGGACUUCAUUGAGAGGCGGCAGAGUGAGGCGACCAUCAAGGGCUGGAGGAACAAGAAGAUCAAUAUCAUCAACUCGUUCCCUGGCUACGUGCCAAACCCGUCGUCAAGCCCUGGUUCCAGUGUGAUGCCAUCUGUUGCCAAGCUCAAUACCACCAACUUCGGCCUGAGUGCCCAGCUGGACCAGACCGAACUCACUUAUGCCAAAUAUUUGUGUGAAUACAAUCAGCACGUGGAACACGAUGGGGUUCAAACCGACAUUUUGCAGUCUUUUACAACAGCGGCGGAAAUCGCCCACGAUGACCGUGUAAACGAAAUGUGGAAGAUAGUCAAAUGCAUGAGUCAGAUUGUACCCGAAUAUGGUUCCAAGUAUGCCAGGAGUUCUGCAGUCAACCAAAACACAAUGAUUGCAAAUGCCAGGACCUAUCUUGAACAAAGGUAUAUUGUGUUUAUGAAAGGCUAUGUGAAGAGCCACAUGUCCAAAGCAAAACUUGGCGGUAUCCCGGGCACUUAUCCACUUGUGCGAAGUUUUGUAAGUGUCUACAUCAAUCAGUACAAUAACCCUGAUAAGCUAUUUCAUGACGGUGUUCCAUUUUGGCCAUUGGCAUAUUAUUUAAUUCGCUGCGGCGAUUUAGAAUCAGUUGUACGUAUUUUAGAAAAAAAUAAUCAGGAUCCACUAUUACUAAAUGCUUUUACAAACAUAAGAAAUAACCAUAAUUAUAUCAGCUUAAACGAUCAGGGAUUUACUACAUCAAUGGCAUGGGACUCCAAUGAUCCAUUUAAAAAAGUGAUUUAUUCUUUAGUCUCUGCUAUUGAUGUGUCGAGUAAACAUUCAGAUGUGAUCAAGACUGCAGACGAUUAUCUAUGGUUAAAACUGUGUCAAGUUAGAAAUGAUCAGGACAAGCUCACAUAUCCUGUACUCCAGUCGAUGAUCUACGAUGAGUACAAAGACCAAUUCAACGAUGUCCAGCCUAUGUCUUAUUUCCAAUUGCUUUUCUUAACUGGUCAAUUCGAAUCGGCUAUUCAAUUUAUUUUCCGUCACCCAAAACUUUGUUGUCAUGCUAUACACGUAUCUAUAGUUUUAAAUGAAAUUGGGUUGCUGUACUUACCAAGUGACUUUAAUCAGCCAAUUUUAUCUAAAGACAAUAACCAAAUAGAUAGAUUAAAUAUAGCACGAAUGAUGAAAAUGUACUGUGCCAAAUUUGAAAAUCAAGACCUUAAAAUGGCCAUCAACUAUUACUAUUGCCUGAGACACACUGAAUUUGAAGGUACAACACUUUUCGUUUCCUAUGUAGCUGAUCUUGUAAUUGAAACAGAUGAAUACGACAAAGUGUUUGGAUACCUAAAGCCAGAAGGUAAAAAGCAAAACGGUAUAUUGGACUCGUUGAUUGUAUCAGAAACACUGAAAAUGGAUAUUAUCCGAACAACAGCUACACUCGCAGAACAAAAGUGUGAUCUUGAGGUAUCAGCUAAAUUGUAUGAAUUGGUAGGUCAGUACGAUAAGGUACUCCAACUUGCCAACGUUAUGCUGAGUCGGGUCAUUCAACCAGAUAUCUUCUCUUCACUGGAUAAAACUCCUAACAUGAAGAAUAAAGUGAUUGACUAUGCUCAAGUUUUAAGUCAGCGGCUGACAGGAGUUGAAGCUAAUGUGUCCGAGGAAGCUAUUUUCACAUUUAACAUGUUGAAGAGUGUUAUUGUAUUUUUCGAACAGUACAACAAUCACAAAUACACAUUAGCUUUUGAUGUGAUUCAGACAAUUGGUUUGAUACCGUUGUCUAUAAAUGAAGUAGAAGAACGGCUUAGCUCAUUUAAAAAAUACAAUGAAUUAAUAUUGAGAAUCAUACCUGGAGUGAUGACGGCCACAAUGAAUAUGUUAUAUUCACAAUACAGCGACAUUAAAAAAGAAUCAAACAAGUCAGCCAGGGAUCCAGAACAAAUGCAUGCUCAGUUGGAAUACAUCAGGGAAAAGGCAAAAGCCAUUACAUCAUUCACAGGUCGUGUACCAUUCCAAAUCAACUCUGAAGUUAUUAAUCAUUUAGUGCAGACCGAAAUUCUAUUAUAUUAGUUUAAAUAUUGUAUUGUAACAAUGUGCCUAUUGUUGGUACUAAUUAUUCCUGAUUACCUAUAUUAAGUAAUUAAUAACAAUGAAUUUAUUUGCAUCAUAAAUUGUUUUUGGUUAAUACACAGUCAACUUUAAUGACCUAAUUUGUAAAACAUAAUUUACAUAGUACCCCUUUGUCAUUAAAUAUUUUAUAAAAUUACUAUUUAUUGAAUUCAUUUUAUUAAUUGUGUAUUAAUAUAAUAUAGGUAUAAUUAAUCACAGAAUAAAAAUAUGCCUACUACAUAAAAAAAUAUAAAAAUGUGCAGUUAAUUUCUUUACAAGUGAUAAAAUAUGUAUCAGCAUAGUCAGUAUAGCAAAAGAGGUAUCGGUUGUCUGAGUUCUUCUCCAUUAGAUAUGCAUGAGUAAGGUUCAGAUUUUAAAAACUAAAAAUGAAAUAAAUAUGUUUUUUAUGCGCAAGUCAUCAAUGAACAUCAAACAAUUCUUUAAUAUUAUGUAAAUUUAAAAAAACUAGGUGAAAAUAAUUAUUAACUUUAUUUUUAAUUUUUAAAUUUACUUCAUAAUUAUUUUAUCAUUUGGUAAAUUCUAUCAUGACUACAUUACAAAAUAGUUGUCAAUGUGGAUAAAGUAACCAAGUAAAAAAACAAUAAUUAUGUGAUAUCAUUUUAAAAAAUUUCACUUUUUAUAUGAAAACAACAAUAUAUUAUACAAUACAAUAAGUAAAAGUUGUGUUAAUGAACAAAUAGACAAAUGUCCAUGCUUGGAUGACACCACUUCAAAAUUAGAACUCAUAAUUUAGGUAUAAUUUUUUUUUCUAUUAGUUGAGGAGGUAUCUAAGCCAGUUUUAGGGGGUGUGAAGGAAACAACAAAAUUGUAUUGUGAUGAUGUAUGACUAAUAAUAAUUAUAAAAAUGUCUUGCAACCAAGAAAAUUGAUAAAUUUAGGUGUAUUCACACAAAGUACACUAUAUAAUAUAAUUUGUGUUCUACUGCCACUAAAUCAUAGAACUUUUUGAAGUUCUAUUUUGCAUACCUGUUUUUUAAACAAUUUAAUUUACAUAACAUAAUGUGUAAAGCGCAUACAUAAUAUAGACAUAAUA